AGAAAAAAGAAAACACAUUGAAAUUGUAAAUCUCAUCAUCUCUCCUGUUUCCUAUUACCAAACCCGCCUCUCUCUCUCUCUCUCUCUCUCAUUCUCUUUCACUUUCUCUCUCUAACCCAAACCCUAACAAAGACUUUUGGUCUUCUUCUUCUUCUUCUUCACAAUCCGAUGCUCUGAUCCCCUCAAAUCUCACACCGUGGAUCCGAUUCGCUAGAUUAAUGCCUUUUGGAAUUACAAGAGCAUAUUAAAUGGAUGAUGAUUGUACAAAUGGAUAAAAUGUCUGCCCCUCCAUCAAGGGAGCGUGCCCAACGUCUUUAUGAGAAGAAUAUUGAACUGGAGAAUAAGCGUCGGAGGUCUGCCCAGGCACGAAUCCCAUCAGAUCCCAAUGCAUGGCAACAGAUUCGUGAGAAUUAUGAGUCAAUAAUUCUUGAGGAUCAUGGUUUCUCUGAGCAGCACAACAUUGAAUAUGCUCUAUGGCAGCUACAUUACAAGCGAAUUGAGGAACUGAGAGGACACUUUAGUUCUGCUCUAGCUUCUGCAGGCUCAAACACAUCUCAGGGUGUGAAAGGCCCUGCACGGCCAGACCGAAUUACAAAAAUAAGAUUGCAGUUUAAAACCUUUCUUUCAGAAGCAACUGGGUUUUACCAUGAACUCAUUUUGAAAAUCAGAGACAAAUAUGGGCUUCCUCUGGGUUAUUUCUCUGAGGAGUCAGAGAAUCGAAUUGUUAUGGAGAAAGAUGGGAAGAAAUCUGCUGAAAUGAAGAAAGGUCUGAUAUCUUGUCAUCGUUGUCUGAUAUACUUGGGUGACCUUGCACGUUACAAAGGAUUAUAUGGGGAGGGUGACUCCAAAAGUAGGGAGUUUGCAGCAGCUUCAAGUUAUUACUUGCAAGCUGCAUCUCUUUGGCCAUCAAGUGGAAAUCCCCAUCAUCAGCUUGCUAUAUUGGCUUCCUAUUCGGGGGAUGAGCUGGCGGCUGUUUAUCGAUAUUUCCGGAGUUUGGCAGUGGAUAGUCCAUUUUCAACUGCAAGGGAUAACUUGAUUGUUGCAUUUGAGAAGAAUCGUCAGAGUUACUCUCAACUACCUGAGGAUGUUAAAGCUUCUGUCGUUAAGGGGUCACCUGUGCGGGUGACUGGCAAAGGAAGAGGGAAAGGGGAUGCAAAACUUGCAUCAAAAGAUAUCAACUCAGAAAGUAGCCAGGUUAAGGAGAGAGCAUCUGCUGUGCCUGAGACGUAUAAAUCCUUUUGCAUCCGAUUUGUUCGUCUAAAUGGCAUUCUUUUCACACGUACAAGCCUGGAGACAUUUGCGGAAGUUCUUUCUUUGGUUAGCAGUGGUUUAUGUGAGCUUCUGUCUUCUGGGCCCGAAGAAGAUCUGAAUUUUGGUGCGGAUGCUCGUGAGAAUGGACUUCUCAUUGUUAGACUUAUUGCCAUCCUUGUAUUUACAGUUUACAAUGUAAGAAAAGAGGCUGAAGGUCAGACUUACGCGGAAAUUGUACAGCGUGCUGUUCUACUCCAAAAUGCAUUUACUGCAGUUUUUGAGUUGAUGGGACGCAUAUUGGAGAGAUGUGUGCAGCUACGUGAACCUUCUUCAAGUUGCCUCUUACCUGGCAUUCUGGUGUUUGUAGAAUGGUUGGCAUGUUGCCCGGAUAUUGCAGCAGGCAGUGAUGCAGAUGAAAAACAGGCAACGAUUAGAUCAAAAUUUUGGAACCAUUGCAUUUCUUUCUUAAACAAGCUCUUGUCCAAUGGGCCAAUGUCCAUAGAUGAUGAUGAAGAUGAGAGUUGCUUUAAUAACAUGAGCAGGUAUGAAGAAGAUGAAACAGAAAAUAGGCUUGCUUUGUGGGAGGACCUUGAGUUAAGAGGUUUCUUGCCACUAAUUCCAGCUCAAACCAUUUUGGAUUUUUCAAGGAAGCAUUCCUUUGGAGGAGAUGGUAACAAGGAAAAAAUGGCUCGUAUUAAAAGGAUUCUAGCUGCAGGGAAGGCUCUAGCAAAUGUGGUUAAGGUUGAUCAAGAAACAAUACAUUUUGAUUCGAAAGUGAAGAAAUUUGUUAUUGGUGUUGUGCCUCAAGUCUCGGAUGAUUUUAUGCUUCCAACCACUUAUUCAGGCAUCCCUAAUACAAACAGUAUCAUGAUUGAAAAACAAAUGGAGACAUCAAAGAAUUUGGGUGUCCUGCAGCCAAAUCCUGAGCUACUUAUGGAAGAGGAAGAGGAGGAUGAAGUUAUUGUUUUUAAACCAACAGUGGCUGAGAGGCGGACUGAUGUGGUUGGUUUAAAAUGGGAUCAGUAUGGGGGCCUGGAGCCUGGUCAAAAUGCUUCUGUGGGUGAUCUGAAUUUUCUUGGUAAUUCUGUUUCAGCUCCUCUAGGUAAUCUUCAGCAGCAGAUUGCUCUUGAUGUGGGUUCACAAGUGCCUACAUCCUUUGGUAAUAUGGUCCCCCAGCAUUUUCAAUCAGCUCAGUCUCAUGCUUUGAAGUGGCCACUGGAAGGCGAAGCUCUUCUUGCUAAUGGUUUCAAAGGUCUAAGCUUUGUGGAGAAUGGCCAUAUAAUGAAAUCCGAGCAACAAGAUUUUGGCAUGUCCACUCCUGCGUUUUCAGCUUCCAUCCAGCAAGCUAUCGGUCCUAAUACUUCUGGUAUGUCUUACAGUCUUGCAAAAGUCCCAGAAGCUGUGAUACCAUCUAAGAUUGAUGCUUUUGCAUCUUCUGGAGCCAUGUCUGACAAUUUGGCUGUAAAGACAUCAUCAGCAUUGCCAGUAGGUUUGAGAAAAAGUCCAGUUAGUCGGCCUGUUAGACACAUUGGGCCUCCACCUGGUUUCAGCCCUGUUCCUUCUAAACACGUGAAUGAACCCAUUUCUGGUUCAGAUUUGGUGAAUGAGAGUCCAUUGAUGGAUGAUUAUAGCUGGUUGGAUGGAUAUCAGUUGCCAGCAUCAGCUAAAGGCUCUAUGUCAAAUAGUUCGGUCAAUUACCCAUCUUAUUCAAACCCCCAGCCCAUCAGUAUCAGCAAUGGCAUGAAUGGGACUGUCAGUUUUCCAUUUCCUGGAAAACAAGUUCCAGCCAUGCCAUUCUCAGUAGAAAAUCAAAAAGGCUGGCAAGAAUACCAGAUGCUUGAGCAGCUAAAUCUACACCAUGAACAGCAGUUGCAGUUGCAGCAGCAGCAGCAGCAGCAGCAUCAACUUGUUAAUGGAAAUCAGCACUUUACUCCACUGCCUGAACAAUAUAAAGGACAGUCCGUUUGGACAGGUCGUUACUUCGUGUGAUGUCGGUACGAGAGUAUAGGUGGUCCUCAAGAAUGAUUCUGGUGAAUGUACUGCAUCCUUUUGCUACCAAAUUUGAACUCCAACUUUGCAGCCUUGUCAAUGAUGAAUUUUUGUUGGAGCUUGGGUGGCAUUGGCUUUGUUGCAGGCACUUGCUAUUACACAAAUUUCGUCAAGCUCUCCAGCCCGGAGGAAGAGAAAUAUGGAAACAUCUAAUAUGAUGCGAAGUUCAUAUGAAGUAAAUGCCUUGUCUGGUUACUUGGGAUGGAUAGAAAGUGUUAAUAAGAUCUUCUGUUGGCGUUGGGACUUAUGUCUCAGUCAUCUAACUGGUGGAAUAAAGAUGUGCUCCUCAUUAUACUUAACUAUUAUGACAGUCUAGCUGUCAAAAAUCACUGUAACGGUCUUUCAGCUAGCUGCUGAUAAUAAAUAAUGCUACUCCGAUCUCUUCACUUGUGAAGCUUUGGAGAGCUCCAGUGGUUGCUGGUUAUGAUCUUUGUUUUGGUAUCAGCAAGUUGGAUAGUGCAAUCUGGUAAUGACGACAAGAAGAGUUAUUUGGGUGAGUGCCGGUGUGAUGUCUAUGGUCGUUGUUUAAAGAUCUUUUAUGUUAUAUUUAUCAUCUACUGGGUUUGAGUAUAUGAUAGGGUCAUAAUUCAAUAACACUUUGGUGUUGAAGUCGGGAUUGUCUCGAACUUUUUUUUAUUAUGAAAAUAAUCUGUGGAAUAUACCUCCCAUGUUAAAGUGAUUAUAUCUCAUGGUAUAUUGGCUUUUCGUU